CUGCAGUCAUGUCUCAAUCCAGAGCGUCCGUUUCUCUAUUAUCCGAGGCUUCUGUGGCUUCUGUAGCUUCAGUAUCAUCCAUAUCUCAAGCCGCCCUGACAACGUCCUCUACUCCACCUGAGAUCAAACCCAUUAAUAAUGGACCAAGCAAGACUCAGGCAAUCGUUGGAGGCACCAUCGGUGGAGGGCCCUCGCCGUAUACCGGUCAUCCUGGGGUCACACCAGCAUUGGUCUAUGACGAGCCUACGCGUCCAAGUAUCGCGCACCAAUCAGGAUUCGGUGGUAAUAUGCCCCUCUAUCCGUCGAACGUUGCAUCAUUCUAUGAGCCGACCAGUCCACAUACCAAAGUGGUUAGUGAGGAGUCCGCCAUUAAGGGUGAAGAUGGGAAGUGUGUCGAAGGGUCAAUCGAUGCAAGAGCUGUGGAAUAA